AUGUCAGCCGGCGGCACGUUUCGAUCGACCGAAAAUCGGCCUCGACCUCCUAGCGACCUGCUGUCGCGACCCCAGGGCGACCUGAUCGCGGUGAUCGCCCACUCGAGCGGGGCCUACGUGGCGAACGAGUUGUUCCGGAUGCUCUACGACUGGGGCGGGGACGAGGACGGGUCGACCCGGGGCAAGGUCGUCUACUUGAACCUCGACGGGGACGGGGGCAUCGGGGACGCCACGGUCCAGAGCCUCGGGGGACUCUAUUGGGUCUGGGCCGAGAAGGGAUCCAUGGAGUCCAUGAAUGCGGGAACGAUGCAGUACUACGCCGGCCUGUACGGCUCGGGCUUCGCGGUGGACGCGGAGGCCAGCGGCUGCCUCAACGCCUACUGCCUCCACGACGCCGUCAUCAACGACCAUCCGUGGGACCCGGAGGGUUUCGACGUCGAGAGGGACUAUGGGCUCUUCGCGGAGGGGGAGCACGAGGUGCAGAUGCAGUACUUGCAGGUACUUCGGUCCGAGGCUGCCGAGUCUGCUGAUGUGUAA